UGUUGGCGGGGGGCCGGGUUUCGGAGGGGUCGGGCUCGGGUGGAGAGAGAUAUUGCCGCGACCGCUCCACAAGGUGCUAGUGGAAGGAGGAAACCAGUGACCGCAGCUGGGCUGGAGCUGAGGAACCGGGCGCUUUGGCGGGGAGCUUUCUGUGUUGUUACAGAAAUUCUAGCAGUCAGUUGAAAGUGUGGACCUGACAAGUUUCUUCUGGUGCCAGUAACAGGCCUUUAACCAUGAGUGACUCUACUCCAGCUCCAGAUAAUGAGAAUGACACAAAGAAAAUGGAAGGAGACGAUACGAAAGAAGACAAAUUGCCAUGCUCCCCAUCUCGUGUCCUUCACCUUCGUCAAAUUCCAAGUGAUGCUACUGAAGCAGAAAUAAUUUCAUUAGGCCUCCCUUUUGGCAAAGUAACUAACAUCUUGAUGCUAAAAGGGAAAAGUCAGGCAUUUUUGGAAAUGGCUUCUGAAGAAGCUGCUACAACUAUGAUGAACUACUAUACUCCUUCUACACCUUACCUCCGCAGUCAGCCUAUUUAUAUUCAGUAUUCCAAUCACAGAGAACUUAAGACUGACAAUCUACCCAAUCAGUCUAGAGCCCAAGCUGCAUUGCAAGCUGUGAACACUGUGCAGCCUGGAAGCCCAGCUACAACAAAUGCUCUUGUUCCUGAAGGUCAAGGUUCUGUUCUUCGUGUCAUUGUUGACAAUAUUGCCUACCCUAUUGCUUUAGAAGUGCUGUAUCAGAUUUUCUCCAGAUUUGGAUCUGUCUUGAAGAUGAUCACCUUCACUAAGAACAAUCAGUUCCAAGUUUUGCUCCAGUAUGCUGAGCCAGCAAAUGCAUAUUAUGCCAAAAUGGCUCUGGAUGGCCAAAGUAUCUUCUCUACAUACUGCACUUUCCGCAUUGAUUUCUCCAAGCUAAGUUGCCUUAGGGUAAAGUACAACAAUGACAAAAGCAGAGAUUUCACUCGUCUUGACCUUCCUUUUGGUGCUAGCCAUCCAUCCAUAGAGCCAUUCACAGCUAGUGCAUUUGGCACCCCAGGUACCUUCUUCCCAUCAUGUGCAGGGCCUCCUGGGUUUGUCCCACACAUGGGCUUUGCUCAAGCUGCUGGUUUUGCAGCUCCAGCUUUUCCUGCACCACUCAGUUCUGUCGCGUUCACAUCUGCAUUGCCUGGACAGGUGACUCUUCCUGGUUUUACUGGUGUUCCAGGAAGUCCUGUUUUACUAGUCAGCAACCUCAACCCUGAAGCCAUCACACCACGUGGACUUUUCAUCCUAUUUGGGGUGUACGGUGAUGUGUAUCGUGUGAAGAUCAUGUUUAAGAAGAAAGAAAAUGCUUUGGUUCAGAUGGCAGACACAACCCAGGCGCAAUUAGCUAUGAACUACUUGAAUGGACAGAGGCUUUAUGGAAAGGUCCUCCAUACUACAUUUUCAAAGUACCUGGCAGUUCAACUUCCUCGUGAUGGAGAUGAUGACCAAGGUCUGACGAAGGACUAUAGCAAUAGCCCUUUACAUCGCUUUAAGAAGCCUGGCUCUAAGAAUUUCCAAAACGUCUCUCCUCCAUCUGCCACCCUGCAUCUCUCCAACAUCCCGUCUUCUGUUACUGUUGAUGAUAUGAAGAAGCUUUUUGCAAGUACUGGAUCUACUGUGAAAGCCUUCAGAUUCUUCCAGAAAGAUAGCAAAAUGGCUCUUAUCCAGCUUGACUCUGUGGAAGAAGCAAUUCGUGCUCUCAUUGAGCUUCAUGAUUACAACCUUGGAGAAGACCAUCACCUCAGAGUUUCCUUCUCAAAAACUACAAUCUGACUCUUCUGUGAACUUCCCUUUUAAGACUUCAUCACAGUUCUAGUAACAUCUUCAGAUACUGAAACAGCUGGGACCAGCUCUGUCUCUUAAAAAGCUAUUCAUACACAAAAAAUGAAGUGAUGGUAUUUUCUGAUAUUAGGUGCCACUAUGCGAUCAAAGUUUAAUAUUCAGCCAUAGAAAGAUUUCUGUGAUAUUGCUUUAGCAACAAUAUUUAUCAGCAAAUUUCCUACUUAAAAUUAUAUUUUUAGAACAUCAGCCUUACAAAACAUUUUAAAGUGCUUUUAGAAUAUACCAAACAAAAAGUAUUUCUAACAAAAUAGUAUAUCUAUUCUACACAGAUUAAACAAUAAUUUGAAUGUGAAAUAAGGCUUGGGUUUCUUGACGAAAAGCAAGCAUUGACUGUGAGUGUCCUCUAAAUAGUAUUUAUGUUAGCAGUGUGUGUAUUCAUACUUUGGUAAAUCUUUACAAGUAGCUUUUUCUAAAAACAAAGUCUGUUUUGUUCAUAUGGGUUAAAGUAUUAGAGAAAAGAUAUUUCUAUGGAGUAGAAGAUAUUUGACAAGUUUCUUCAUUAAGUGGUACAGGAGACUUAGGUUGACUUACCAUGGAAUAGAAGUUUGAUGUCCUAUUUUCACUGACUUAAAAGAAUUUUUUACCUUUCUUUGAAGAAUAAAGUGCUUACAGUCUUACAGAAAAUAUUCAGGUCUAUGAUAGUUUGACAAAUUUUUAAGAAGUUAUUUUUAAGGACAUCUUUGAGAGGGGAAAAAAAAUUAAACCUCAAGAGUUUUUUGUACCACUAUAAUGUUUAACGCUUAAAUUACUAUGUAUUAAUUUCUUAUUAUGUGCCUUACUAUGUGUUUAUGAUACAAUAGAUUAGAGUUUUGUCUAAGUAUUUUGAAAAAUAUAUUGUAGGCUUUGUGAAAAUUCUCUUCUUGGUCUUUUUGGAAAUGUUUUCAUUGAUACUUCAAAUUUUUAUUAUGUAAUACUCUGAAUUCUAGUCUCCUGUGCUUUGGUAUAGAGAGAUUGGAUAGAGGUGGGAAUGUGAUUUGACUCAUUGUGUAACUGUGGUGGGAUUCUUUGAAUUCACCUGGUUGCAGUUGUGUGAUAGCAGUACUUGGCUGAAAAAAAUUUCUCACACAGAAAAAUGCACUAAAAAAAUCUUUACAAAAAGACCAAACAGCAUAUUCAUACCAGUUUCUGGACUUCAUCUAACUUUUUGAGAGACAUUGGCUGUAUCAGAAUAUUCUCUUUUGGGUUCCUGCAUUUUCUUUCAGUAUUAAACUUCAAAUAAUGAAGAGCUAGCAUUCUUUAAGUACAAAAAAUGUUCAUUACUGAAUGUCCUUUUCUCUUUGCAGAAUGAGGUGAGAUACAGUUAAUUUUUGAGUUGAAAGUACAUAUGAACUUCAGUGGCUUCUGACUGUAUUUGAAAAAGUUUAAUUAUAAGAGGUUUUUCUUUCUAGUACUUACUUAACCACCUUUUAAAGAAGUAUUCCUCCUAAACAUAGCAUUUAUUUACUUCUAACCACUGCAGAAUUUGCGUAUGCCAUAAUGUCUUGCCACACGUUCAUUUUGGUUUUUCAUUAAUCAGUAUGAAUUGCAUGACUUUUUCCUGUCUUUCUAGAAGAAAGGGCAUGUUUCUACAAUGAUCUGAGUAUUCUAGAGUAAGCUUUUUCAAAUUUUCUCUCUGAAUUAUUUUCGCAAAAUCAGCAAGAUACUAACUUACCUUCUUUCAAUGUAUGUAAAUUCGCAUAUUGGCUUAGGAAUAAUAGACAGUGUUAUCUUUGGGAUUUGAGAUAGUCUUUCCAUCUUCCCCCUUCUGAAAUAGCCAGUUCAGUUAAGUUAAACAAUUUCUUUUAAAAAUAAUGAAAAUAAGUAACUGCAGUACCAGAGCACCAUAUCAAAAAGUUACACGUUUAUGAUUUUCCCAAACGGCAGUUGUAAGUAAGUUUAUUCAUUUGCAUAGGCCCUUUAUCACCAAGAUAAUUAUAAAUCGUGCCUAUGUUCUGCCUUGUUAGCAGUCACACUGAUAUCCGUUAAAGAGAAUCUUUCUGGAGUGACAGUCUUCCUUUGCUGUGCGUAAAUUGGUUUGAUAAUACUAGGUCAUUAUCCAUAAAAUAUGCUUUGUCACUUUUCUUAAGAAUUACAGCUCCACAGGAGAGGAAUCAUAUUAGACCUGAAUAUAAGUCCAAAGCAGGAGAAAAGGAACCUUAAAUCUGAGAGUUAAUAUUAGCACAUAUCAGGAGCAGUAAACGAAUACUGUCUGCGUCAUCAAGCAUAAAGGGAUGAGAGCCUCUGACAUUCUCUCAAAAAGAGAAAUGAAUAAUUUCUCAUUGUUAACCUAAUGGUAGUGUAUAGCUCUUGUCAGCUUUGGACUGUUUUCAGUUUGAAAUGUAGAAGCCUAAAGUUUAAUUUACCAGAGAUUUACAAUUCUUUAAUUUGAGCAAAAUCUGUUUGGUAGGUAUUUAUGGUGUUUGCUUUUUGGUUGUGAUACAUUUAUCAAGCUUUUGGGGUUUUUUGUUUUUUCUUUUUUAGUUUGUCUUAGUUCUAUUUCUGCAGUUGAAUAUGCUUGCCAACAUACUUUUAGUGUAUAUCUUAAAGAUGCUGCCUCUUAGGGAGAUCUGCUUUUACAAGAAGUGCAGACAAGCUUCAAAACUAGCAGUACUUCUUAAUGUUUGCUUAGAAGAAUGAAGGCACUGGUAAAGCUAGUUAAUCUCAUUCAGUAUUCUGCCUUGAAUAAUUAAAAGCAAAACCAUAACACCUUGUUUAUCAUAAUGGAUGUUUGUGAAGGAUCGGGACAAUAAUUCUUAUACUUUGUGCUUGACUCCUUAGUGCCUGGCUGCAAAGGCACAGUUGCACCUCAGUUCUUGAUUCGCUUGAGCUUGAUUGAGCUCGAUUGACCUUGAUAUCUGUGAAAAGAAGAGAAUUUAGGAAAGAAUGGGAUUAUUCUACAGAUUGUUACAAUGAUAUAGGCUGGAAAGGAAUCUCCAGAGGCCUUAAUCCUACCUCUCAUUCAGAUCAGGGCCAAUGUUGAGCAGUUGCUCAGAGAACUGUCCAGUUAAGUUUUCAGUAUUUCCAGGAAUGGAGAUUUCACAAAUUGUUUCUCUCACUGUUGCAAUGUUUGACCACCCUCAUUGUGAAUUUUUUUCCCUAACAUGUAAUUAGGCUUUAAAAUAUUGCAUCCUAUAUCUGUUGCCUUUCAUCCUGUUAACUCUGCAACUCCCAAGAAGAUUCUGUCUCUAAUCUUCUCCAUACUGUGGCCUUAAGCUGUUAAAGAUAGGUUCAUAAUUUCUUUAAUAUGGGUUCUUAAUUUCUGUUUAAAUAAUUUGCAAAGCAUCUGCUCAUGUGCAUAGUGUAACCUGGUACUCGUACUCUGAAACACUAGGGUUAUAUCCUGACUACACGUACUGGAAAUGGUCGAGGGUAGAGUUUUCUGCCUCUGUCAAUAUGUCAACUCCACAAGUUAGUUACCUCCAGCUCCUUUUUUUUUUUUUGGUGGCUGCACACUUGUUUCAAAGUGUAGUAACGCCUUUUUAACAACCCAGGAGCAGCUUAGUGCCUCUUCAGAUGGCCUGUGAUUUGUUGCAUAAUAGUAAAACUUUUGCUCCUUUGAAUUUCUUCAAAUGUCUUUGAACAUCAGAGCAAAUUUCUGAAACUUUUAUUCAUAAUCUGACUCGGUUGCCUUGCCUGUUGGUCCUGUCAGUCGUGCUUUUUUUCUGCACUGAUAGAUUGAGGUCCUUUUUAUGCCUAAGAUAUUCCACAUAUCUGAGGAGAUUUGCCUAUGUAUGUCAUUUUCUGAUUACACGUGGCAAACCCGUGUUG